GGGUUGGUGUGUGUGCGCGAUGACGCUACCGAUGACGCAGGGCGGCGAGCGAAGAGGGCGUGGCCAGCGGGCGGCGCUGUCAAGCGGAGCUCAGCGUCGCGAGAGGGACGACUGUCCGGGCGCUGGCAGGAACCUGUCUGUUGCUGCAGAACAAAAAUGUUUCACUUAAGGACUUGUGCUACUAAAUUGAGGCCUCUUACAGCCUCACAGACUGUUAAGACAAUUUCUCAAAACAAGCCAGCAGCACCAAGGACGUUUCAACAAAUCAGGUGCUACAGUGCGCCUGUUGCUGCUGAGCCAUUUUUGAGUGGGACUAGUUCGAACUAUGUAGAGGAAAUGUACUAUGCUUGGUUGGAAAAUCCCAAAAGUGUACAUAAGUCAUGGGAUAUAUUCUUUCGCAAUGCCAAUGCUGGAGCUGCUCCAGGUACUGCUUACCAAAGCCCCCCUCCAUUAAGUACCAGCCUGUCGACUCUGACACACGCACAGUCUUUGCUUCAAGCACAGCCAAAUGUAGAUAAACUGGUGGAAGAUCAUCUUGCAGUCCAAUCGCUUAUUAGAGCGUAUCAGAUUCGAGGGCAUCAUGUAGCACAGUUGGAUCCACUGGGCAUCUUGGAUGCUGAUCUGGACUCUUCCGUUCCAGCCGAUAUUAUCACUUCUGCAGACAAACUGGACCUUGCAGUAUUCAAGGAGCGGCUGAGAGUGCUAACAGUAGGAGGGUUUUAUGGACUGGCUGAAUCGGACCUCGACAAGGUCUUUCAUUUGCCUACUACCACUUUCAUUGGAGGAAAUGAGUCUGCUCUUCCACUGCGGGAAAUCAUCCACCGUUUAGAGAUGGCAUACUGCCAGCACAUCGGUGUAGAAUUCAUGUUUAUCAAUGACCUGGAGCAGUGCCAAUGGAUAAGACAGAAAUUUGAGACCCCCGGCGUCAUGCAGUUCACUAAUGAGGAGAAACGCACCCUGCUGGCUAGACUAGUCCGGUCAACCAGAUUUGAAGAGUUCCUUCAUAGGAAAUGGUCUUCUGAAAAACGAUUUGGAUUGGAAGGGUGUGAGGUGCUGAUACCUGCCUUAAAGACAAUAAUUGACAAGUCAAGUGAGAAGGGAGUGGAUUAUGUUAUCAUGGGGAUGCCGCACAGGGGGCGUCUGAACGUUCUUGCCAACGUGAUCAGGAAGGAGUUAGAGCAAAUUUUCUGCCAGUUUGAUUCCAAGCUGGAGGCUGCAGAUGAGGGCUCAGGAGAUGUGAAAUACCAUUUGGGAAUGUACCACCGGAGGAUAAAUCGUGUCACUGACAGGACCAUCACUCUUUCCUUGGUUGCAAACCCAUCCCACUUGGAGGCUGCUGAUCCUGUGGUUCAGGGCAAGACGAAGGCCGAGCAGUUUUAUUGCGGAGACACUGAAGGGAAGAAAGUGAUGUCCAUUCUUUUGCAUGGUGAUGCUGCUUUUGCUGGGCAAGGUAUAGUUUAUGAGACGUUCCAUUUGAGUGACCUGCCUUCCUAUACAACACACGGGACUGUUCAUGUAGUGAUGAACAACCAGAUUGGAUUCACUACCGACCCUCGUAUGGCUCGUUCAUCUCCAUACCCAACAGAUGUGGCCCGUGUGGUGAAUGCACCCAUUUUCCAUGUGAAUGCUGAUGACCCGGAGGCAGUGGUUUAUGUAUGCAAUGUGGCAGCUGAAUGGCGAAGUACUUUCCACAAAGAUGUAGUGGUGGACCUGGUGUGCUACAGACGAAAUGGACACAACGAAAUGGAUGAGCCAAUGUUCACUCAGCCGUUAAUGUACAAGCAGAUCCGAAAGCAGAAGCCUGUGCUGCAGAAAUAUGCUGAGACACUGAUCUCUCAAGGGGUGGUAAAUCAGCCUGAGUAUGAGGAGGAAAUUUCCAAGUAUGAUAAGAUCUGCGAAGAGGCCCAUGCCCGAUCCAAGGACGAAAAAAUCCUUCAUAUCAAGCACUGGCUCGAUUCUCCCUGGCCUGGUUUCUUCACUCUGGAUGGCCAGCCCAGGAGCAUGACUUGCCCUUCCACUGGUGUGAAUGAAGAAGAUUUGGUCCAUAUAGGAAAAGUGGCAAGCUCAGUACCUGUUGAGAACUUUACCAUUCAUGGCGGUUUAAGUCGGAUUCUGAAAACUCGUGGAGAGAUGGUUACUAACCGGACAGUAGAUUGGGCCCUAGCUGAAUACAUGUCAUUUGGCUCUCUCCUUAAGGAGGGAAUCCACAUCCGACUGAGUGGGCAGGAUGUUGAGAGAGGAACAUUCAGUCAUCGGCACCACGUCUUGCAUGAUCAGAAUGUAGACAAGCGGACUUGUAUCCCCAUGAACCACCUGUGGCCUAACCAGGCACCGUACACAGUGUGCAACAGCUCGCUCUCCGAGUAUGGAGUCCUUGGAUUUGAGCUGGGCUUUGCUAUGGCCAGCCCUAACGCUUUAGUUCUGUGGGAAGCCCAGUUUGGCGACUUCCACAAUACAGCGCAGUGCAUUAUUGACCAGUUCAUCUGCUCCGGACAGGCCAAGUGGGUGAGACAAAAUGGCAUUGUACUGCUGCUUCCUCACGGCAUGGAAGGCAUGGGCCCCGAACAUUCAUCUGCCCGACCAGAGCGAUUCCUGCAAAUGUGUAAUGAUGAUCCAGAUGUCUUCCCGAAAUUAGACGACUUCGAUGUGCGCCAGCUGUAUGACUGUAACUGGAUUGUUGUGAACUGCUCAACUCCAGCAAAUUUUUUCCACGUUGUGCGGAGGCAGUUACUUCUCCCCUUCCGGAAGCCGCUGAUUGUCUUCACUCCAAAGUCACUGUUGCGUCACCCUGAAGCUCGGUCCAGCUUUGAUGAGAUGCUGCCAGGCACACAUUUCCAGCGCAUCAUCCCAGAGAGUGGCCCUGCAGCCCAGAAUCCAGAGGGAGUCAAGCGAGUUCUUUUCUGCACUGGCAAAGUCUAUUAUGAACUUACUCGAGAGCGCAAGUCCCAGCAGAUGGAAACCGAUGUGGCUAUUACAAGGGUGGAGCAGCUGUCUCCAUUCCCUUUUGACCUCCUACUAAAAGAAUUCCAUAAAUACCCAAAUGCUGACCUGGUCUGGUGUCAGGAGGAGCACAAAAACCAAGGAUAUUAUGACUACGUGAAGCCCAGACUCCGCACAACCAUCGACCGUGCAAAGCCCGUGUGGUAUGCUGGACGUGAACCUGCUGCUGCACCAGCCACAGGCAACAAAAAGAACCACCUGACUGAACUGCAGCGCUUAUUGGACACUGCCUUCAACCUUGACUCCUUCAAGGGCUUGUCUUAGAUACACUUGGAAAUGGUUCUGCAGCACACUGCGUGUGUGUGUGCGUGUGUGUUUGUCUGCUCACCUCCUUUCUGUGUCCUUAACUAUAGACCUUGUAAUCCUAACUUAAGGCCCCUGUUAUUAACUUCUUGUUUUGCUCCUGAGGAACUGCCUCUUAAAUCACCCUUCUCCAGGAUGCUGGCGUUUCCUUCCAUGUACUCACAAGCUCAGACCUUAGGAACAAUGUAGUGUCACUCCAACACAAUUGCAACAUCCUUUCCAAACCCCUCCCCAUCCUUCCAUCCCAGCCUGCAUUAGCCCUCUCCACUCCUUCAGAAUGGAGAGUCUCAGGAAGCCUGGUACUUGCCUUCCAAAUGAGACUGACAGUUCCAGGGAAUGCACGCGUCAUUCCCAGCCUGAAAAUAUGCUGGAAGCAGACACUGCUUUCAAAUCUGAAACACACAUGUGCCCAGUUUUGAAGGGCAAGAGGUAUGUCCUUCACAUUUCUGUUGUCUGGUUAAAGACUUCUAGACUUCUAGGACUUGAAUUGAGGGACACAAUUCCCUUUCUUUAAGCACCACUGAAGAUCCUGAAAUAACACCCUCAACCACCUCCCCGGCCUUCUGAGGGUUUGUGUUGCCCUUAGAGAAAUUAGCUGAACAUGUGCACCUCAAAUCCAGGCCCAUUCUUCUUCAAAGGAUUCUUGACUUCCUCAGAUGAAAAUGGUGGACUGUCCUCACCAGGCACUGAUCUGCUUUCUGCAUCCCUUUGUAGAUCCGACAAGCAUCACAGCUCGCCAUGGAAUCUGCCGACAGUCCUCACAGCCAUAUCUAAAAAGGGCCUUGAGUUUGCUUAGUUCCGUUCCCCAAUGCCGUGGGCUAUGAACAUUAUGAACAUUCACAGGGUUUCCGCCGAUCAAUACAGUCUGCAAGGAGACACUUAGAUCUGUCUCUGUCCUUGAUUGCAAUUCCGUAGCAGGAGUAACAGUCUCAUUGGACUGCAUUUGUUGCAUCACUUAAGGAGGGUAGCUUUUUUACAAAAAUUAUUUUGUAGCUCAUAGUCUGGUUGCACAUAUUUUUCCUGAAUGUCAGGCAGAUGCUGCCCAUCUUUGUCUCACUCUUUGUUUUCCUUCCAUAAUGAUUAUUGACAUUUCACUGGAUCAGUUAUGCUUUGAAAGAAGGAAUGUUUGUGUGCAUGGAAUCAGGUUUUUCAAAAGCCAAAGAUCCACUUUUCUGUCCAUGGGAAACUUCCACGGAGAUCUGGAGCGGAUCUCCCAAUACUGGUAUUUCUGUAACGGCUUCUUCAUGAGGGCCCACCUCUCCCCGUUGUGCUACCCUGGAGCUGGUGCACCUUCCCUCCUUGUUCUCCAGGUGGUCUUUUAACAGUUUUAACAGCAAAUGGUUCUGUGUUCAAGAUGUACAUGGAAUGAGGCAAGAAAGAGCACUAAGUAUUCUAGCUCCUGGGUGAGGCACCAGAGAGACAAAGGUUUGCCCCAGGUCCAACUUCCUCACCUCAUGGCAGAGCCAGCAGUUACAAAGAACAUCCUCUGCAUAGCUUCCUAUCCAGAUACAUCCUCUGUUGCUAGGUAGAAGGGCAGCUUCCUCUGUCUCCAAGGGCUCAGACAGUAAGGAGAAGUAGGACUGUGCACCCGGUUUGAUUGCAGGAAUCAUUCAUACCUCCUUCACAGUGGCUUCCUCCUGAAUUUGCACAGCUUCACGCAUAUGUUUCAAGUAGCUUGACACUGAUUAUCAAAAGAGAUAGUACAUUACUGUGGUUUUAAGGAUAACGUUUCCAAACUUUGUCCUUUCUGAGGGCCCUUUUUCUCGCUUGUGGCCUUAGUUCUGCACCAAAAGAAUUCCUGGUCAUUUUUCUGGCCAAGGUUCCAAGUGGAUUGCAUCUCAACACCAAGUGUUCAGGGUUUUGACCUUAAUGAGGCGUAGUGUUUCUGCAUGAUUGCUCUUAUGCCCACCAGAAUAGGUUUCCUGACCUUAGCAGUGCUGAUGACCCACGUACUACCUCCAAAACCUACAGGCUCAAAAGCAACAACAGCCCCAAACUUUUUGGCUUUUAUGCCAGGGACAGGCCCAGUACCUGGCUUCUUUUUCCUGUUGGUGGCAAUGGCUUCUAAUCACAGGAAUUACUUGGUAAUCUUUGGGUAGCAACCUGAGAGUGCACUUGGGUUCUUUCCCUCGCACUGAACAGUUGGCCCAAUGUGGUGGCUGCAGCAGCGAUGUAAGAUUGCUUCCCACCCCCAUUAGAGCCCACCUUCCCUUGACAGCACAUGCAGAGAUCCCCUUCUCCAUCAGUCUGCAUCUAUUCUGUGUCCAUCUCCUGAGUUCCUGAAUGAGGCCUGUACAUGCUGCCUGCCCAUAUUGGAGCCCAGCGUCUCAUCCCAAAAAAUCUAAAAGGUCCAGCUCUGUAUCUGCCCAGCUUCCAGCUACUGAUGGGAGAAGUACUGGUUCCUUUUGUCCACCCUGGCUUAUCUUCUGUGUGUGCUGCCAGCCAUACAAAAAGUGUGUGCCAUCUUGUGAAUAAAGAUUUUUCUAUAA